AUGCUGUGGACAAAAAAUGCUUCAUCUGGUUCCCGAAUAGCACGUAUGCUUCACAAGUCAUCUAAAAAGAGUAGAUAUUCUAAGAUGUUCUUAGCCACAAGUGGUUUACUUACAGUUGGAUUAAUAGGUAGCUACUUUAGUUAUGAAUCUGUACGUGAUAGGGACAACACUCAUGAGUUAUCUCCAUCUCACUUCGUCAAAUAUAGAAUUUCACACAAGCAAGACAUUGAUCCAUCGCAUUUUUUGCUGGAAGUAACUCCGUUAGUCAAACAGAAAGUUAACAUAUGGUCGCAGAUGACUGCUGAAAAUCUUUGGUCUAUUGAAGUCAAGCAACCGGAAGUCAUGGUGGUCCGCAGUUAUACACCUUUACCGCUUAGUUUUAAUCCAGCUUCAAAAGAGAUGGAGGUCUUGAAAGAUGGCUGUAAUGCAGACGGAAAAUUAUCAUUCUAUAUCAAAAAGUAUGAAAAUGGAGAGGUCGCAAGAUGGCUACACCACCUUCCAGAGGACCAUGUCAUUGAAAUAAGAGGACCAUUUGUUGAUUAUGAGUUUCCACAUUUGCCGAAUGAAUUAAAGAGAUCCCGCAAUUGUUUGGACAUGAAUAAUUGUGAUAAGAAGAGUUAUAUUAAAGGAGAAAAUUCACAAUUUUUUUAUCAGCCUUACGACAUAAUGAUGUUCACUGCUGGUACUGGGGUAGUCACAGCCUUGCAAUUACUUUUAACGGAAUCACCAUUCAGGGGUAAUAUAAAGUUAUUUCACACAAGUGAUAACAUUAGACAAUUAGGACCUUUGUACCCUAUUCUUUUGAGACUACAAGCUUCCAAGAGAGUCCAGUUGAAUAUUUUUGAAACAGAUAGGCAAACAAAGCAAGAGAUAGUAGAAAUUAUUGGGAAAUCAAUUACGAGACCCUAUUUAUACAAAGGCUUGCUUCCCUUUUCUAACAACAAUAAGAAUAAAUUUCAGCCCAUAUUGGCACUAGUAUGCGGUCCCGAAAGUUAUAUUAGUAGUAUAUCUGGAAGAAAGUAUGAUCUUAGCCAGGGACCAGUAAAAGGUUUGCUAUCUAGCAAAGGCUGGAACUCCGAAAAUGUUUAUAAACUCUCGUAG